AUGGCAUUCAACAGUGACCAAGUGCUAGUGCUGAACAACGGUUCAGGGAAGAGGGCAAGAGCAUCCUCUUCUUCAGCAUCCCUAAAGUGCUCCACGCCCAAGAAAGCGGCCCGUAACCUGCUGGAGGAGAGCAGCAGUGAUGAGCGCUCACCGAAGCGAGCCACCCGCAGCCUCCAGCCUUCAUGGCAGGAGGACAACGCUACCGAAGCGGACUGGGCCCCACUCGACCUCUCCGUUUUCAGCGACGUGGUGCAGCAGCAGCAGCAGGACGGCGGUGAGGAGCAAGGAUGGACUACCGUCACGACCAGCCGAGCUCGCCGCCACCAGCCCCCGAGGCCCAAGUUCAAGCUGGGCAGCCUGGGCGAACACGAGAACUCUUACCGAGCCAUCUCUGCCCUCGAGAGGGAGUAUCCGACCCUUCGGAUACAGGUAAGGGUUAAUCUCAAGGGUGAGCACGUGGUCACGCCCAAGGACGAGGAUUCCACGGCACUCCUGCGCCGCAUCGCGGAGGAAGGAAACAGGGUGCUCCUCCUCGACCCAAGCGAAAAGAGGCACAAGUUGGUGCUGGAGCGCUACCCGCUCGACCUGCCUCUCGAGGCGGUAGAGGCUCACCCUCAGGUGACCUCCGCCCAGCGUCUGACCUCCAGGAGGGACAAGUUGCCCACGAGACAGGUGCUACUUGUGUGUGUGGGGCCGCCGCCCGCCAAGUUGGAUCUCGGCUGCUGGGGCAGAUACUCCCUGCGCCCCUACCAAGGUGAGCCUGUAAGGUGUUACAGGUGCCAACGGUACAACCACCUGCAGGCGCGGUGCGAACAUGCCGCCAGGUGCGGCGUGUGCAGCCUGCCCCACCCGACGGAGGAGUGCAUCGCCCGCCAUAAGGCCAACGAGGCAACCACCGCCAGGUGCCCAAACUGUGGGAAAAACCACCACGCGUGGAACCCCCAGUGCCCUGAGAGGCUCCGUAGGAUGCCUCGUUCACGCCAGCAGCAACAACAGCAGUCUCAGGCGCCACCAAGGCGGCAACGUCGACGUCGCCAUAAAGCGUCGCAUGGGCAGCCCCGGCAACAGAUCGCUCAGCCCCAGCAGCAACAGCAUCCACCACGUGGCCAGCCAGGAAGGUCAGCGCGAGAUCCCGUUGCACCCGCCCCACCUCCAGUCAGGUCAGCUUGGGUCCCGCGGCAGGCCCCCUCAGCCACCCCCCCACCCCCGUCCCAGCCAGCGGCAAGACCGGAAGAGAUUAACCGGCAACCCCCUCACCGCCGACCCGAGGUACAGCCUCCAGCCAUAGGCACGGAGAGCCGCAUCCCCUCCGCCCACCCCUCCACUCGCUCAGGUAGCACCCCUACCAAGCAUGCUCGAGCCAAGCCCCACCACCCGAGCAGCGGCACACAAGGGAGAGACCCUCCCGGCGACGCCCCCGCCCGUGCGGCGACAGGCCCAGCACCGACAACGGUGAGGAGGAGAGCCAUGGUCCCGAGCGAUCCUCUCCACGGGGUGCCCGCCUGUCUCAGCGAAGAAACCCGCGCGGUGGUCAACUGCCUCGUGGCGCGGAUGACCUUCACCACCAACAUGGAGAGGAGAUAUGCUGAGGGCGCCACCCACGCGGACCAGCCUGCAGGGCCCCCCAGGCUCAGAGUCCUGCAAUGGAACGUGCAGGGCCUGCGACCCAAGAGACAUCAAGUCCUACAGGCCGUCUUCGAGGAGCACCUUGACGUUGUGCUCCUCCAGGAAACACUGACGCCCGCCGACUUUGAAUGGAGGGUGGCGGGCUACACCCUUCACUCGCUCCCCACAGCGGAGGGCACCCGAGGCUGUGCAGCGCUGGUGAGGAGCACAAUCCCUCACCGCAGGGUUGCAGCCCCAGUCAACUGCGGGGACGGUGUGGAGGUCCUGGCGCUGGAGCUGCAGGUGGGAAGUCUCCCGCUCCUGGUAUACAACGUAUACAGGAGCCAGCGACACCAGCUGGAGGCAGGAGAGCUUCUCACCCUCGCCUCCCACUCCAGUCUCUUGGUUGCGGGCGACCUCAACGCCCACCACCCCAUGCUACAGUCACCGUCCCCAGCCAACGAAACGGGCCGCCACCUGGCCGUGCUGCUCGAGGAAAUCCCUCACGUGUGCCUUCUCAAUACAGGGGAGGCCACCCACACCCGGGGAGGAAGGCUUGACCUCACGUUGGUCUCGAGUGACCUGGCGGCAGGCGCUACGUGGCAGGUGCACCCGACCCUCACCAGCGACCACUUUGCCACCCUCACCACCCUCCCAGUGGCCCCGCCGGUCCCACCCCGCCCGCCCCCACGCUGGAACAUAAGGAGAGCGGACUGGACCAAGUUUCAGGCCUCUCUUGACGAGUGGUGGGCCGCCUAUCAGCCGCCCGCCGACCUACAUCAGCAGGAGAGGGACCUGACGACGGCCAUCCAGACCGCAGCCGCCGCAGCCAUCCCCAGGUGCACCCCGAGCCGCCGCCACCGGACAGACUGGUGGUACUACAACGAAGAGGUGCGCGAGCACAACCACCGUGUCAACCAGCACAGAAAACUGUACAAAAGGCGCCCCAACCCCAACAACCUAAGACUCCUACAGGAUGUGGUGGCCCGCGCACGGCAGGUAUCCCUGAGGGCCAGAGAGGCUAAGUGGCUGGAGUGGUGCGCCACUUUUAGCCACCACACGUCUCUAGGCCAGCUGUGGAGGAGCGUGAGGACAGCCUCCGGCGCUGCCCCGCCCCGCCCGCCCGCCCACCCGCACCCGCAGCAGGAGGCAGAGAGGCUUGCCACCAUGUUCACCACGCGGAGCUCCAGUGACCAGCUUCCUCCCCAGAUACAACGCAUCCAGCAGCAGCUCCGACCACACCGCGACGAGGCUGUCAGGGAGGCGAUGGAGGAAGCCGACGUGACUGACCAGCCCUUCUCCCUUCAAGAGCUGGAGCGGGCUAGGAGGAGAGGCCGCGACACGGCAGCGGGGGCGGACGGCGUGCCAUACUCCAUGUUGGCGCACGCUGGGCCGGCUGGGGACGCCGCGCUGUUGGCCACCAUCAACGCCUCAUGGAUGGCGGGCUGUCUGCCGCCCGCGUGGAAGGAAGCCGACAUUCAGCCGAUUCCAAAGCCGAGGGAGCCCACCAAGAUCAGACCCAUCUCUCUCCUCAGCUGCACGGCCAAAACGGCUGAGAGGAUGGUGCUCGCGCGGCUACAGUGGCGCGUGGGGCCCUCUCACCCACAUGUGUUCGGCUACACCCGCGGAGUGAGCACGGCAGACAGCAUCCUCGCCCUGCUGACCCAAAUUGACCACCGCCCCGCCGUCAUCGUCUUCAUCGACCUCGAGAAGGCGUUCGAGCUAGCCAGCCCUCACGCCAUCCUCGACGCACUCGUGCGGAAAGGGGUGCGAGGAAGGCUGCUGGCCUGGCUCCGCGACUACCUGCAGCGCCGCCGCGCCAGGGUUAGGUUCCAGGGCCUGAGGUCGACCUUCAAGGUACUUGAGAACGGGACGCCCCAGGGCGGCAUCCUCAGCCCUCUACUGUUCAACCUGCUGAUGGAACAGCUAGUGGCACUGCCUUUCCACGCUGGCACCGUCCUGCUGAGCUACGCCGAUGACCUCGCCCUCGUCGUCACCGGAAGGGGCAACAAGCUCAGGAGGACGCAGCAGGCACUCGACCUCAUCAGCAGGAAAUGCCAGGACCUGGGGCUCAAGAUCUCGGCAGAGAAGUCCCGGGCCAUGAUGGUGAAGGCGGCAGACCCAACCUGGCGGCUCCGCGUCCAGGGAGUUGAGCUGGCAUGGACCAACUCCUACCAGUACCUCGGUGUGUGGGUGGACAAGCGGCUGUCCUUCACAGCCCACGCCGCCUACCUGAGGGAGAGGACGCAGUCUAGGCUGAACGUGAUGCGGGCCAUGACGCGAAUCAGCGCGGGCGCCACUUUUUCCGUCCUGCGCCAGUACUACGUGCACGCUGUUCGCUCGCUAGUGGAUUACAGCGCCCCCGUCCUCAUAGCACUCUCUCCAAACCAGCAGGAGCGGAUCGAGGUGCUACAAAACACCGCAAUGAGGACCAUGCUGGGGGCACCGAGGUGGUCCAGCGCAUGCGUCAUGCAGAGCGAGACCAGACUGGUACCCCUCACCACCAGGGUACAGCAGAUCACGGCCUGCCGCGUAGCGAGGGUGCUGCAGCGUGACGCGGAGGGAGUGACACAGAGGAGACUAAGGCUGGCGGGGACGCAGGGUGCCGAAUCUCUCCGCCGCAACCCGUGGCUGCUGCAGUGCACGCUGGCUACCCACAACCUGGCUCGCAUGGAGAACUGGCCACAGGCGGACCUCCCUGCCCCCACCUUCCGCGCCCCACCCCCGUGGGAGCCACCCGCGGCAGAGUUCUCCGCCACACAGCUGCCCGCCAGCAAGGCGCUCUGCGCCGUGGAGGAGAUGCGGCAGCACGCCUUCAUGGCCAUGGCGCAGGUCACCGAGCCAGACAGUGUUGUGUACUACACCGACGGCUCGGCUGACCCUGACAGCGGAAGGACGGGCGCUGCUGCCAUCACCAGAGGGGCCGAGGUGUGUGAGAGGACUCCCGACCACUGCUCCACCCUGCAGACAGAACUGGUGGCCAUCCUGCUGGCCCUGGAGCACGCUCAACACCGGCGGGAGCGCACCGUGGUGCUCCACACCGACUCCAGAACGGGGCUACAGGCUCUACAACAGCCGUAUCCCAGCGACAACGUGGGCCUCGUCACCGCCAUCCUGGGUAGCCUCCAGAGCCUCGCCGCGCAGGGGCGGCGGGUGAGGCUCAACUGGAUACCCAGCCACGUGGGAGUACGAGGCAACGAGGCUGCUGACGCAGCCGCCAAGAGAGCUGCUAGUGGCCCCCAGGUGACAAGGCAUGUGCCGCCCAGCCUGAGCCAAGUGAGGGCGCAAGCCAGGCUCGCCGCAACCAAGCGCGCCCGCCACACGCACCGGCAGCUGGAAACAAGGAAGAGACAGGCAGCUUGGUACGCCUCCGCCACUGGCUACCAGUCGUUGGACGCCUCCCAGCAGCAGCCCAGAGCAGACGGCGUGUUGCUGCAACGCGUAAGGCUGGGCUACUGCACCAGGGAACAGCUGUACGACGACUUUCGGGGGCAGGAGUGCGACCACUGCGGGAGGCACAGCCGCCACCCGCUAGUGCACUACCUACUGUCCUGUCCGGCCACCGCCGCCCUCAGACCAACGCCGCCACCACCGGCCCAUCCUGUAGGCGGUGAUCUCCUCAGCAGCCGCGAGGCCAGGGCUGCCCUCAUCGUCCGCCACACGCCCACAGACCUGAUGCUGCGAGUUCUCAGGGCAGCGCCCCCGCCCCGCUGA